AUGGAGGAUGUGCUUAAAUUUUAUAGUCUUAAGGAAUCAAUCAAUUAAUUAAAGCAAUAAACCUACAUCAGAACCUUUCCAUAAUUAUAUAUUAGCAAAAAUAAAUUAACCUCAAUAACUUCAUAUGAUAACCCUAUGAAGUAUAAGCCCAUGCCUUUUGAGAUAGUUUCACUAAGUGAAGUGAAUGAUUAAAAAGAUGAAUCUUCAAUCAUACAAAAAGAAUAAACAUUAAUAUUAAAUAAUGAAUUUUAAACUCCAUUAGAAGUUAAUUUAUAACUAAAAGCUAAGAAAUGUAUGAGUUUGUUAGAAGGACAAAGUAAACAUGAGAAGGAAUAAUAAAUAAUGAGUAUAUUAGAAAUAAUAAAAUCCAUAUUAAAUGGAAAAAAAGAACGGACAAAUUAAAGAUUAAAGAAAAAACUAAUAUAAACUAAUAAAUCUCCUUAAUAAGCAAUAUAAUUUCUCAAAUCAUUGCGUAAAAAUAGAAUCAUGUGUUGA